UCCCACCGCAGUCUUUGCGCCCAGCAGCCCGGCGGGGCGACUCCCUUGUGUCUAUUGUAUCGGCUUCCCCUCGUCCCUCCCUUUUCUUCCCCUUUCUGGGCAUUUUGUGCGUUUUCACCGGAGCUUUAACCCGGGAGGGGGGCGUCGGGGGAGGGGGGAGGCAGAACAGCAUGGCCGAUGAGCAGGAGCUCAUGUGCAAACUGGAGAGCAUCAAGGAGAUCCGAAAUAAGACUCUGCAGAUGGAAAAGAUCAAGGCCCGCUUGAAGGCCGAGUUCGAGGCGCUGGAGUCCGAGGAAAGGCACCUGAAGGAAUACAAGCAGGAGAUGGACCUGCUGCUGCAAGAGAAGAUGGCCCACGUCGAGGAACUGCGCCUCAUACAUGCGGACAUCAAUGUAAUGGAGAACACGAUCAAGCAGUCAGAGAACGACCUGAACAAACUCUUGGAAUCCACCCGCCGUCUGCACGAGGAGUACAAGCCCCUGAAGGAGCACGUGGACGCCUUGAGGAUGACGCUGGGCUUGCAGAGGUUGCCCGACUUGUGUGAGGAAGAAGAGAAGCUCUCUCUUGAUUACUUUGAGAAGCAGAAAGCCGAAUGGCAAACGGAGCCCCAGGAACCGCCCAUCCCAGAGUCUUUGGCUGCGGCUGCGGCUGCAGCACAACAACUGCAGGUGGCCCGGAAGCAGGACACCAGGCAGACGGCCACGUUCAGACAACAGCCCCCGCCUAUGAAGGCCUGCUUGUCGUGCCAUCAGCAGAUCCACCGGAACGCGCCCAUUUGCCCGCUGUGCAAAGCGAAAAGCCGGUCUCGGAAUCCGAAGAAGCCCAAGAGGAAACAAGAUGAAUGAAGAGAAGGGGGAAGGAGCUCUCGGCAAAGAAGCUCGUGACCCCACCAGACCUCCCCCUCCCUUUUUCUCUGGUAGAACUGUAAACAUUCAUUGGGACACAAAGACGAGGGUGACCGAAGCUUUGUUUCUGUUUCAUGUGAUGUAAGCACAACGUUUUCCCCUUUGGUCCUGAUCCCCAACCAGCCUUUGAUCAGUUUCUUUAUAGUCAGAUAAAAGCUGAGAGUGCUGCCAUAUCACCGUUCGGUCAUUCCUUCUUUUGAAUUCUGCACACCAGUAGAAUCUGUACAGGCAGACUGUGAAUGCAGAAGGACAUUUUAUAUGGGAAGGAUAGCUUUUAUCCAUUUGCCAAAAUGCAUUUCGUCUAGUAAACCGAUCUGGCCCUAUUCUACCCCAGUUGCCGACAUGUCAUCGGUUGUGAUUCUCUGUAUGGUUUUUACCACAACCGUUAUUGUCACGCCUGGAUCCUGUGCCGUCCAGUAGUCUUAAGAGCUUUGUAGGUCAGCUGUAUAUAUUAUGGAUUUUGUGGGAUAGGUUACUAAAUGCUUCCUUGUUGCAGAUGUCUCCCAGCUAAAAGAAACGGGAGUUUUGAGCCAAGGUAGUUCAAGCUCCACCUCAACAAAAACUCAAGUUUGCUUCCUGUCUGCAUUAAUUAAGCUUCCUGUCUGCAUUAUGGAAAUUAAGCACGUUUGCAUUUUACUCAUACUUGGCUUAAUGCUGCCAUUUUGCAUAAUUGAGGCCAGUUUUGCUAGUCGCUCAGAGAGCCAAGGAGCUGUGAAGGAUGUCGAAGCUGCACCUCGGGAGGACAGGAAAUCUUACUGAGUCACCCGUCUGCCCUUUGAGAUUUCAGCCAGCGUUUCCCACACAAUUCCAAGCACAGCGCUGAUGCCGUGUGGCGUCUCAUGCUAAGACUGGGGAGACCCAGGUUCAAAUCCCAGCUCAAUUAUAACCUUUGCUGGAUGAUCUUGGGCCAGUCACAUCUCGCAGCCAAACGUCCCCACAAUGUCAUUGUAGUCACAAAACAGAGGAAGGAAAAGCCAUGUAUUUUAUUCUGAGUUCCUUGGACAAAGGGUAGGAUUGAAAAUCAUCUCUGUCAGUAAUACAUAGAAUGUUGAUAGGCCUUUCAGUGUGCAGUGCAUUUCAAGCACACAGUCUUACAGUUCUCACAACAGCCCUGUGAAGCAGGCCAGUAUUUCUCCAUAGACCCUGGGAAGGAGAGCCUCAGGCCAUCUAGUGAGUGCAUGGCAGAGGCCAAAUUUGAACCAGGGACAUCCUGCAUUCUUAGCUGUAAAUUGUUUCCACAUCUGCAAGGACCGGGGCCUGUUCUUUUCAAAAUGAAAGUUGAAUUUCUCAGGAAGCUUAAUUCCUCACCUGUGGAAUAGGAUCCUGUGGGGCUUCUGUGUCCCCUCCCCCCAAAAUCUCUGAAUGUGUCUAGCCCUGUCAGAUGCAAGAGAUGCAAAAGUAGGGCUUUUUUUUGUAGCAGGAACUCCUUUGCAUAUUAAGCUACACCCCCCCUGAUGCAGCCAAUCCUCCAAGAGUUUACAGGGCUCUUCUUACAGGGCCUACUGUAAGCUCUUGGAGGAUUGGCUAUAUCAGGGGUGUGUGGCCUAAUAUACAAAGGAGUUCCUGCUACAAAAAAAGCUCUGUAAAAGAUUGUUUUCUUAGGGUGCUGGAAAGCACUGUUAAGUUGCAGCCAGCCUACAGCAACUCUGUAGAGUUUUCAAGGGAAGAGAUGUUCAGAGGUGGCUUUGCCAUUGCUUGACAUUACCUGCCUGCAUAGCCACUCUGAACUUCCUUGGUGGUCUCCUGUCCAAGCCCUAAUCCUGGCUGACCCUACUUAGCUUCUGAGAUCUGAUGAGGGCAGAGCAGCCUGGGGCAUCCCAGUCAUGGCAUCUUCUUACUGUACAGAUUUAUUCCCCUUCCUGCUCCAGUAUAAUAAAAAUGUCUGCUUGCCAGGAGUACAUGCGACUCAGUCCUUCGAGGCACUUGGCCUGGCUCAUCUUCAAUGCAACAGAAGCAAGGACUCACCCUACAGCAGCGUAAGAAAAGGAUGAUGUUGAAGCAGAGAGCAAGGGAGACAAUACUGUGAUUAGAAUAACUAGUGUUUUAAGUUUAAACAGUCGCCUUCUUUCUUGAUUGCUCCAGGGACAUUGAGAACCUCUUAAAGGGGCGAUGCAUUUAAACACCCCAGACAGAACAGAGAUAACGCUGUGCUUUGCAGAACUCCGGUUGGAACUUUUUGUGCCAAUUUUCUUUUGCUACGAGGCCUAUGUGUGUAUAAACCGCUCCAAGAGGUUUGGGCAAACUCUGUUUCUAUCUAGACCUGAUUGAACUCAGUCCAGACUCCUAGGUUCUGAAUGGCCUGGCCCAGGUCCGACAGGCAGCCUCAAUCUAUUAUUGGGCCAUGCCACAGGCCAGGGAUGGCUUUGGCGUGACUGGUGGCGUCAUCCACUAUCCCCACCCAUGUGCAGAAAACUUCAGCACCUCAGGUAGCAAUGCAGAUCAAUGAAGCCCCCAGUCUGUAAGCACAUUCAGCUGCAGAUCGCAGAGCUCAGUAUCGUUCAACGGCAUUUCCAGACCUACCAAUAGAAGCUGGUUUCAGCUGGAUCUCAACAGCAUCUUUAGCUUUGAGGUCGACGCCAUUUUAGAGGCAUCCUUUGGAGUGGGUAAUUGUGGCGGCUUUUCUAAAUUUUGAUUCCAACUGUUGAAAUGUCAUUUUUUAAAUAAAGGCAGUGUUUGUUUUAACCCCUCCCCUUCCCACUAAUUUUUAUGUGCCUUUUGUGCUCAACGUGUGUCUGUCUUUUUGAAGAUUUAAUGUGUACAUAUAUGCUCUUUUAACCAAGGUUGUCAGUAAAGUUUAUAUCCCUGG